AUGAAGAGUACUGAGAUAUGCUUAGACGAUGUGAUUCACUGCAAACCCAAGAAAAACUGGAUUCUUAUGGACUAUUUAAGUGAAGUUGUGAAGGUUGCAACCCACAAGUACCACGCCGAGAACUCCUUUUCUUCUUCGCUACGACCGCCGCCAUGGCCGAUGAAGAAACGAUCCCCAUCUCUCAAGAAGCCGGCCAUAAAUCACUUCCUGAACCUGCCCAAGAUGGAAACUCUUGCAGGCUCUGAUCAUCAUCAAACCAAGAAAAACUCCAAGAAAAAUGCCAAGAAAGCAGAAAUUGGUCUGAACCCACCACCACUGCCUUCACGCAUGAGGAAUCGUAUCCAACACAUGGGUGGUUCCGGUAUGGUUCUGGUGAUACAGAAGCGGUUGUUCGCCACCGACCUUAAAAAGGGCAAUAGUCGGCUGUCGAUUCCGGUCAAUUCCGUCAGGAACCAGUUUCUGACAGAAGACGAGAAGGCCAUCUUGGAGACCAGAAGAGAUGGGAAUUUGGUGGCCAUUGAAUGCCUGCUGAUUGACCCAGAGUUGAAUGAAUGGAGGAUGAAAUUGAAGCGGUGGGAGAUGGAAUCAAGUUUUGUGUACGCGCUGGUUAGUCCUUGGAAUCAUGUUGCCGAAACCAAUUCCUUUGCCGCAGGUGAUGUUCUCCAAGUUUGGGCAUUCCGAUCGCCCCAUUCCGAGCUUUGUUUUGCAAUCGUGAAGGUGGGAAUCACUCCUGCUCAUCUUCAACUUUAGGGCUUCAAAUCUUAUCUGUAA